AUGAAGUUGUCCCACGCUACUGCCUUAUCCUUAUUAGCCGCCACCGCCUUUGCUGCUUCUUCGGAACACACCAUCAUGAUGUCUGAAAACACUUUGAUGAAGAGAUCUGAAGCUUCUGAGUUGAUUGCUCUUUUGGAUGAGCUUAAAGCUUUAGGUACUCAAAAGAGAGAUGCCUUUGAAGAUGAUGUUUCCUACGAAAUCUACAUGGAAAAGAGAGAAAGCGCCAUUGGUAACUUUAUUACUGCUUUACUUAAUUCCGGUAUCAUUGGUGAUGUUUUCCACACUUUAACCACUGACCAAGCUUUGAAAUCAGAAAUAUACAGUCUUAUUAAGGUUGCUAUUCAAGGUGCUUUGGUCCACGGUCCUUCUUUGAUCAAGGCUAUCUGGAAUGCCGGUUUGAUUCAAGAAAUCUUCAACAAGUUUAUUAACGAUGCUGAAUUGAGAUCUGCUUUCCUUGGUGUUAUUAAGUCUGUUAUUUCCACUGCUAUUAACUUGUUGACUGGUGGUAGCAAGUCUACCCCAACUACUUCUGCUCCUGCUGCUUCUGGUGCUUACAAGAGAGAAAUUGAAGCUUUUGCUACUCCAGCCCCAGUUAAGAGAGAAGUUGAUGAAGUUUUCAAGAGAGAAAUCUUGGAUGGUGAAGAUGAAUACUUGGACAAGAGAGACUUGGUUUCCAUUAUCUCAUAUGUUGUUACAACCAUCAAAGACUCUGGAAUUGUCCAAUCAUUGUUCAAGAAGGUUAUUGAAAACCCAACACAAACUGUCAACUUUUUGACUUCUGCUUUGAAAACUGGUUUGGUUGUUGUUGAAGACAUUUACGGAUGGGCCAAGUCUUCUGGUGUUUUGGACUCUGCUUUGAACUUCUUGAAGGCUAACGGUUCUUCUUACAUCAGUGCCAUCUUCUCCUUUGUUGGUAAGCUUUUGGGUUCUGGUUCUGUUACUCCACAAGAAAUUAGCUCUGCUGCUACCACUGGUAUCACUUAUGGUACUGUUACCGCCAGUAGCACUGCCACUUCCUACCCUAAUGAUAUUAGUGCUAUUUUCUCUGCUGCUGCAGGUACUACUACUACUACUUCUUUCACAACUGCCACCACUUUGGUCAAGAGAAGAGUUUUCGCUUAA